CCAAGAGGCAGCAUGUAAAUGCAGAAUAAAAUUUGGUCCAAAAUAGAAUCCUGUGGGACUCCUUUGAGAACGGCCUGUCAGGUCAUCUAUCCAGAGUAUUUAAAGCAGUCCAGAGUUAGGUCAUCAUCUUCUUGUCUGGCCUCGAGAUGUCACCGAUGUGGAGUUUAGGUCUGCUCUGUUUCCUCACUGGCGCAUCAUAUGCGGCUGAGGUCUGUUUUGAGCUGGGCUGCUUUAAUGACCUGCCUCCCUGGGGGGGCACUACCCAGAGACCUAUCUCCGUCCUGCCCUGGGCCCCUGAGCAGAUAGGCACCCGCUUCCUCCUCUUCACCCAGAAGAACCGCUACUACCAAGAGAUCAAAACUGACAAAACUAUCCAUGCAUCAAACUACAAUGGGGUGAGACAGACUCGGUUCAUCAUUCCUGGGUAUUUGGAGAAAGACGAUGAGGAUUGGCCACAGGAGAUGUGUAAGGUGAUGAUGAAGUGGGAGAAUGUGAACUGCAUUGCUGUGGAGUGGAAGAAAGGUGUGAAGACUCAGUAUGCUCAGGCUGCCAACAACGCCAGGGUGGUGGCUGCCCAGGUGGAAUCCAUGAUCACAUUUCUCAUGGGCAACUUCAAGCAGAAGCCUGAUAAGUUCCACAUUAUCGGACACAGCCUCGGUGCUCACGCUGCAGGAGAGGUUGGCAGCAAGAUCAGCGGCCUUGCACGCAUCACAGGACUGGACCCAGCUGAACCCUACUUCCAGGACACUCCUGUCUCUGUGCGUCUGGACAUCAGUGAUGCCACCUUUGUGGAUGUCAUUCACACCGAUGGACUUCCUUUCAACUCCAAACUUGGUCUGGGGAUGUCACAGCCUGUGGGCCACAUUGACUUCUAUCCCAACGGAGGAGAACUGAUGCCCGGCUGUUCCCGCAACAGAGGCCGUCCCGCUGACCUUGAUGCCUUCUGGCAGGGUACCAAGAAGUUUGAUGCCUGCAAUCACGUCCGAGCCCACCAGUACUACAGCGAGAGCAUUGUUAAACCCCAAGGCUUUCUAGGAUAUCCCUGCUCUGACAAGGACAGUUUUGCAGCUGGAAAGUGUUUGCCCUGUGCAGACAAAUGUCCUCAGAUGGGCCACAAGGCUGACAGAUUCAUUGACAUGACUGAUGGCAUCUCAAAGACAAAGUACUUCCUCAACACGGGCAGGUCACAGCCCUUUGGCCGUUACAGCUACAGAGUGAAUGUAACUUUGGAUGGUCCCAGCUGGCCUAACCCAGGCUUCAUGUAUGUGGCACUCACUGAAGGCACUGAGACCACCAUGGAGUACAAAAUUCAUGCGGGUGCGCUGACGCCUGGAAGGGAUUACGAGGCGAUGAUCGACGCUGAGGUUGAUGUGGGUGAGGUGACAGAAGUGAAGUUUCGUUGGAACAACCACAUCUUAAAUCCCUCGAGACCUAAGUACGGUGCAUCCAAGGUGGAGCUGCAGAGAGGAAAAGACAAGAGGAUCUUUCUCUUCUGCGGAACAGAAAACGUGACGGAGAAUGCAAUCCAGUCUGUGCUUCCAUGCACAGUUUAACCUGCCCAGACCACCAUGUCGC